CUUAUUUCACUAGAUGACUCUGCUGUUGCGGUAUGUCAACAUCACGUUGUUUGUGAGGUUAGGUGUAUGUCAAUUAUAAGACAACAAAGACAAAGUAAAUUCUGCAUGACUAUCUAGGUUGAUAAAUGACUGAGUUAAAUAGUAUGAGAAAGAACAUCUUAAUAUUAUUAUUUAGUAAUAUAUUAUAAACGAAGAAGGUUCGUGAAAUCAACAUAAUGAGUAACUCAGUAGAGCUGGAACCUCCACCUAUUUGGCCUGAUAUUGAGUUAGAAAUGCGUGAAUAUAUCGAAUAUCCUGAACGAUUGCCAAUACAUCAACUAGACAAUGCCCAAUGUUAUUGGCCGCGCAAGCCAAAUAUCCCUUCACUCUUGGAAUAUGAUUUAGCUCCAAUUGGUACAACACUAAAGUUUGAUCGUGAUCCGGUAACAGGUAAAAUUGGCGAGAUGCAAGAGAUUGUCUUACUGGGUGCAGGAGAAACUGCAAGAAAUUCCAUGUCUAUGACUCGUGCACCUGGACCACUCAUGGAUGGAGUUCGAGGUAAUCCCAGUAAUAUUCCUUUUUGGCCUGGUGGUUUUGAUGAAAUUAUAGUACCUGAGAAUGAAUUUGUGGAGGAUAUUGAUUUUGAAAAGAAUUUAAGGACAUUGGCUAAAGGAUUUAGUUCAGGUUUACAAUUCCAAAGCGAUAAUUGUACUCCAAUUAAUUGUAUCAAUAAUAUAGAGGAAACAUCUGUACCAGUAUCAGUAUCCAAAAAACCUGAUGAAAUAAAAACUAAUAAUGAUAAUAUCAAUUUAAUGGCUGUUAUACACGAGGAGGGAAAUUCACUUGGUUCAUGGUUGUUAACUGAGGAGACAAAAAAAGAGAGCGUACAAUCUUCAAGUGAUGAUAUUCCCUCCAUAGAAGAGUUCUCUACUUUGUCUGACGAAAUAAAUAUACCUGUUUUGAAGAUAUCAGAGAAACGAUCAGAACUGGCAAAGAGUGAAUGGGCAGAGCAAUUGGAUGUAUCUGCACCAGUGACUGAUUUCGACAAGAGAGUACCUGACCCAGCAAUUACGUUCGAAUAUGAGUUAGACACUUUUCAGAAACAAGCUAUCCUUAAGUUGGAGGAAAACUGCAAUGUGUUUGUGGCUGCACAUACAUCUGCAGGAAAGACUACCGUUGCCGAGUAUGCUAUUGCACUGAGUCAAAAGCACAUGACGAGGGUGAUUUAUACAUCUCCUAUAAAAGCACUAUCAAAUCAGAAAUAUCGCGACUUCAAGAAGAAGUACGAAAGCGUUGGAUUAUUAACGGGUGACUUGCAGAUAAAUCAAAACGCAUCGUGUUUGAUCAUGACAACGGAGAUUCUACAAUCAAUGUUGUAUUGUGCGUCGGAUGUCUUACGAGACUUAGAAUUUGUGAUAUUCGACGAAGUGCACUACAUUAAUAACGAAGAUAGAGGUCAUGUAUGGGAGGAAAUAGUUAUUCUGCUGCCACAAACUAUCAAUAUAGUAAUGUUAUCUGCGACUGUACCGAAUCCAGUAGUGUUCGCGGAUUGGGUUGGUCGUAUCAAAAAGCGAAAGAUGUACGUGAUUAGUACUCUAAAAAGACCGAUACCUCUUCUGCAUUAUUUAUACACCGGAACUGACGGUAAGACUAAGGAUGACAAAUUUUUGGUGCUCGAUGGCAAUGGUCAAUUCUUAUUAGAUGGAUGGUUCAAAGCGACAAACGCGUCCAAUAAGAAGAGCAAGAAUGCAAAAGAUUGUAGAAGAAUGACUCCAAAACAAGAGGAAGUUUUAUGGAGGGCGUUCAUAAGUCACCUUAACAGCAACGAUAUGUUACCCGUUGUUGUGUUCACACUGUCGAGAAAGCGUUGUGACGUAAACGCUGCCACAUUGAGAAAUCUCGACUUAACGACCGCGAGGGAGAAGCAUCAAGUGCACGUAUUCUUUCAAAAUAACAUAAAAAAUUUGAAAGGUAGCGAUAGGGAAUUGCCGCAAGUACUUAUGAUGCAAGAGCUCUUGCAGAAAGGAGUGGGUAUACACCACAGCGGGAUUUUACCGAUCCUGAGAGAAAUCGUAGAGAUGUUGUUCCAGAGCGGCGUAGUGAAGUUAUUAUUCGCGACGGAGACUUUUGCCAUGGGAGUUAACAUGCCAGCGCGCACGGUGGUGUUCGAUUCAAUACGGAAAUUCGAUGGCAAUCAAUUUCGUACUCUGUUCCCGACGGAAUAUAUACAGAUGGCCGGUCGUGCUGGCCGACGAGGUCACGACACUACGGGAACAGUGAUGGUAAUGUGUAGGAACGAGGUGCCGCACUUCAACGACCUGAAGCCAAUGAUGUGCGGAGGAGCGCAGACCUUGGAAUCGAAAUUCAAAGUCACCUAUUCUAUGCUGUUGAACUUGAGACGAGUGAACGAGUCCGUCACUGUCGAGGCGAUGAUGCGCAAGUCGUUCAAGGAAUCGCCGUUGGCUUCGCAAGAAGCGAUGUACACGCACGAGCUACGAAAGCUGGAGCGGGAAUUAUCGAAUCUGCCGACUUUGACCGAUAUGCAAAAGAUGCUCUCGACAUUUCAUCAGGUGGCGGUGGAUUAUCUGGAGGACAUUAAGUUUCUGAACCCCUACAUGUUCGAACCUAAAAAGGCGGCGAAGAACUUGACCGAAGGUAGAGUGCUGAUCGUAUCGUACGCGAAUCAUUACAACAAGAUAGCUUUGUUACUGCAAGUUGUGAGCCAUAAAAAUUCGAAUGAGUACAAGGUACUGGUGCUUGUGGAUGCAAAAGCGUCGGAUUCCGAGGUUGCGGAAUUCAAGGAUCCGCAGACUUACGAGAAGUGGUGUGAAAUUAUCAAUCUGACUAAGAAACGGAUAUUCGUCCCAAGCAAUAAUCCAUCACACAAGGUCCUCAAUGUAUCAGCGUGGCAUAUUAUGGCGGUGACUAAGCACCAGAUAAAAGUCGAUUGCUCCUUGGUACUGGCCGAUUGGGAAAAGAGACAAAUAUCACGAUUUAAAAACGAUCUACCAGGACAGACGUGCCAGAUGGCGGUUCAAGAACUGAUGUCUCUGUCGUUGAAAGCCGGCGUAUCGCCAGAAAUUUUAUCUCCGUAUGUUGAAUUUCCAUUGAAGAAUGACUUACGAUUACGUAUGCAACAUAGGAACCAGCUAAAGACUGUUCUCAACAACAUGAAGUGCACGUUAAUACCGAAUUUCGAGGAACAAUUUAGGCCUGUGUUUGAGCGGAAUCAACUCGAGAGCAAGAUGCGACAGCUGCAGCUCAAACUCAGCGACGAGGGAAUGACGUUGUACCCGGACUACAUGAAUAUGCUGACGCUCCUCAAACAUUUGCGAUACAUCGAUAGCGACGAGAGGGUCGCUCUGAAGGGAAGAGUCGCGCUACAAAUGGGCAGUAACGAAUUGCUCAUAACAGAACUGAUUCUGAAGAAUGUGUUGACCGUUUUACAACCGGCAGAAAUAGCAGCGCUAUUAUCGGCACUUAUCUUCCAUCAACGUACGGAUAUCGAGCCGCAACUCACGCUAAAUCUAAUCAACGGUCGUAAUGUAAUGAAAGAGGUGCACGCCGAAUUGGAAGCUCUGGAGCAAAGUCAUGAAUUGUCGACACUGUCACCAUUGAAUUGCGGCCUGAUGGAAGUUGUUUACGAAUGGGCACAGGCGAAGUCAUUCGCCGAAAUUAUGAAGAAGACUGAUGUCCAAGAAGGAAUUAUAGUUCGUUGUAUACAGCAACUCGGCGAGACUCUGCGGGAUGUCAAGAACGCGGCUGUGACAAUAGGCGAUCCCGUUUUAAAGGAAAAGAUGGAGGAGGCAUCGACUGCGAUCAAACGCGACAUAGUCUUUGCUGUGUCUUUGUACACGCAAGACUAAACAUAAUUCAAAUAACGUUAUUUUUAGUACUCUGGCUCAAUUAUUGUAUUUUUAUAUAAAUUAAAAAUUAAGGAAUGCGGAUACAGCAUAUACAGAAUAUAAGAAAUGUUUUUUUUUAUGUCUAUAUAGAUCGUAGUAUUCGGAAGUCGCAUAUGAUAUCAUCAGCAGACAUUAUAUAUCAAUAGAGCAUCGUGGUAUUUAUAAUCAAAGUAAGGUUAUUAUAUUUUGAAUGAGGAACUUUCCUUUGUGGAUACUAGAAUAUUAG